AUGACGACGAAUCCGGACAUUGAGUCGGAUAUCCCACAUGAGGUGUACUCCUUCUUCAGGGCUCUGAACAAGGCGGUUGACUCGUGGGACACAAGCCUUCUUCAUGAGUUGUACGAGAACCAAUUCCCAGGACUAACGCAGAACUUCUAUAUGGCCGGUCCCGGGCAGUUCCGUCCGUGGCCGUCACUACGGAUAAAGGCAGUUGCUGAUUGCUUUAAAAAUCGCACUGCUGAGCAGCUUUACUCGUUCUUACGGCUAAAGCAUUUGUUUACUGACCGUGCUGUAAGCCCAAAUGAUGCGAGGUCUUCCUGGGAUACGUUCAAUAACCUCUUUAAUGCCCUUCCCUCUGGGAGCUGCGAUGUGCCAAACUGGCUUCUGUGGGACAUCUUUGAUGAGUUUUUGUUUCAGAUGACUGUGGUUUACCAGAAACGUUUUACUGGAAGGGUUGGAUGGUCGGUGAACGAAGGAAUGCAGCUGAUGGAAAGAGUUGUCGCAGAAUCCGGCAUUGAGGAGGCUAUUCAAUCGGAGAACUUGGAUGAAAUUACCAAGCCAGGAGCUCGACAUGCGCAGUGGAUGUGUGGCUUUUUUGGAAUUGUUACCAUAGCCAAAGUCAAUGUGCUCUUGGGCGACUAUAUGGGUGCGUUGAGUGCUUUAAAGCCCCUGGAUGUUUACGGUCGUGGAAGACAAAUCUUACUUGUGGUGGCUCCGGCAUAUGUGUCGUUGCUGUACCACAUGGGCUUCAGUUAUCUGAUGCUUCGACGCUAUGCGGAUGCUAGUCGCGUUUUCCGUUUGAGUUUGACAACAAAGGUAUCGAGCCGCAAAUUUUCGGAAAAGAUGCAGUUUGAUUGUGCUUACAUGCAUGUUAUCUCCUGUAUUCUGGGUGGAAUGCAGCCUGAUAAUUUGAGCUGGCUAGUGGAGCCACGAAAGCUCAGUGGAUUUGAAGACGAAAAGGAGCUCCUGUCGGCAGGUGAUGAAGAGCGAUUCCGUGAAGUGUUUGAUCGUUGUAGCCCGAAAUUUCUUGCGAUCCCCCCCAUAACCACCAUUAUGUACAAGGGCACAGAUGGCAAAGAGCUUCAGGCGCGUCUGUUCCGUCGAGCCGUGAAGCAGCAGGAGGACAUCAUUAAGUUGCGUGGAUUUUUUGGCGUGUAUCAAACCACAACGACGGAGCUUGUGAAAACUGUAUUAGACGUGGAUGAUGGACACGUGCCUUUAUUUGCGAUGAGGCUGCGCUCUCGACAGCUCGUGCAUGACGGGUCAUCGGCGGACCUGCUCUCAGGGAGCUACGCCGUUCGUUCAGCCAUUGACUACACCGUUAAGGGAGAAAACAUCGAUGUGGUGCAAAAGUCUUCUUACCGCACGACGGAAUCCAAGUAUUUUAUGCGCAUCAACAACCUGCGCCGGAGACAGAGGCAUUUUGAGAACCAAAGACAGGAGAGACGCCAGGCACAACCCAUCUCGGUCGCCAAAUGA